AUGCCUCUCGAUCAGGAAAAGCUUGCCAAGCUGCAAGCUGCCAGCCGAAUCGGUGGCAAGGGCACGCCCAGGCGGAAAGUCGUCCGCAAGCCAAAGGCGCCCGGCGGCGAUGACACCAAGCUGCAAGCGGCGCUCAAGAAGCUCAACGUCCAGCCAGUGAGCGGCAUCGAGGAGGUCAACAUGUUCAAGGAGGACGGCAACGUCCUUCACUUCCAGGCACCCAAGGUUCACGGCGCUACUGGUGCAAACACUUUCGCCAUCUACGGCCAGGGCGCCGACAAGGAGCUCACCGAGCUCGUCCCGGGAAUCAUCAACCAGCUCGGCCCAGACUCGCUGGCGAGCUUGAGGAAGCUUGCGGAGAGCUACCAGCUCAUGCAGGGUGCAGCAGCAAGUCAGCAGGCCGGGGGGGAAUCAAAGGACGAUGACGACGUCCCCGAUGUGGCCGGCAACUUUGACAUUGACGAGAACAAGCCGGCAACUGGCGAGACUGAGGUCGACAAGCUCGACUGAUUAAAUCGCACGUAUGCCGAUGGCCCAAGGUAGAAGGCAAAUCAUCCGAUCUGCAUGCACCCUAUCUGACCCACUGACCGACCGGGCAGCGCAGACGUAGUGUAAGCUGUUGUCGCGCAGGGAGACUUUCAAUGUGUACUAUCAACACUUUUCGUUGCAAAAUUGAGCGUAAGCUACGGCUCCAAGAAGCAAGUCAUGCGAAGGUGCUCGAUCACUUUCUUGGUGUUGAAGGUGCACGGCAUGGUGCAUUCAAUUAUGAUAC